UCAUUCGUGCAGAGAGCUUAUCCGUUCCUUCUUAUCUGCGUUCACUUGGGGGUGACUGUUCAUACAAGUAAGCCACAUAGAAGGGACCGUGUGCCAAGAUGAUCGAAUUAGGGGUCUGCCAAUGAUUCUUUAUUUUUCAAGGACCUCACCGCUCCUCCCCCGAAAGAUCCUGAUCAGCGAAGCGCAUUGGAAGGGAGCAAGGGAAGAGGACCAAGAGGGCAUGUCUUUCGCAAACAUCUGUCUUGACAUGAAAUUAUAUGAAAAGGGUAAUAAUGGAUAACGUUUCUGUGGCGUCUCUAAAACUGCUCAGCAACUUGAUGUAGUUUUCAGAAAAGUUUAGAUUUCGCACUAGUAACAUAGCUGCGUUGAUUGCCUCAUAAAGAUUAAGCGUUCCGAAAAUGUUCUUAUCAGAAGUUAGUGUCCCCAUCUAAGCGUGAUUAUUAAGGUUGUAAAACAAUAUUGUGAGCUGUUUUGGUGAUACUUCAGUGGCACAUGUGGUGGACUUGUCGUUGCGAUGAACUAAAAUUAACUAAAAUCAGUAACAUUGGCACUCAUUCUCUCAAAGGGUCAGAACUUAAAAGAUUGCCACCGAGCCUCCGAUAACUUUGAAACGGGGACUGUAGUUUUCCUUCAACCAUGUUUGUCGCUGGUCGACUUUUCUCUUGUGGCACAGAUCAGGAUUUGUUUGUUUAUUUAAACGGCGGGGAUUUGGUGUUGAGAUAGGUGACCCAUAGACGAACUGAUCUGUGUUGUGCUGCCAAAACCUCAACGCUUGAAGCUGUGGUUGCACUGCAGUAGGCUAUAGUCUACGACACUCAUUAGUUUCCCAUUUGCUAACAUAGGUAACUCGGUUCCGAAGUCCGUCAACAAUGACUUUGAUUGCAUUUCAGUUUCAUUGGCUGAUUAUUAAAUAGUGCAUAGGGCAUUUUAUAGACGGAUCAUUGUAUUUCAUUCAGUUUACUUUUAUGAUUCUGAUCAUGUUGGGAAGCCCUUCCAAUAACGGUGGCAUUAGGAUGCUGGCUCCCCCGGCUCCAACUGACGAUAGGCGGGUUGAAUUUGUCGCUCUCACGGCGGUUCAUACCGAGAGAAGUGAACCGUCUACACCGGAACGGGGACACCCCUCUCAUCGCACGGGGCUAUUGGGGACCCCAUUGCCCGGGCCUCCAGGGCCACGAGCGAACACUGCAGCAUCCAAUAAGCGCUACAGAAAGUUUCAAAAUUUCAUGUAUAACGUGUUGGAACGACCUCGAGGAUGGGCCUUCAUCUACCACGCAUUCAUUUUCCUGCUGGUCUUCAGCUGUCUGGUGCUGUCUGUGUUCUCCACCAUCCCUGACCAUCAGAAAUUUGCCAACGAGGGCCUCUUCAUCCUGGAGUUUGUGAUGAUCGUGGUGUUUGGGCUGGAGUACUUCGUCAGGGUGUGGGCGGCGGGAUGCUGCUGUCGCUAUCGAGGGUGGCAGGGCAGGCUAAGGUUUGCCAGGAAGCCCUUCUGUGUCAUAGACUUCAUCGUGUUUGUGGCGUCGGUGGCGGUGAUUGCGGCGGGCACGCAGGGCAACAUCUUCGCCACGUCGGCGCUGAGGAGCAUGCGCUUCCUGCAGAUCCUCCGCAUGGUGCGCAUGGACCGCCGGGGAGGCACCUGGAAACUACUGGGCUCUGUCGUCUACGCACACAGCAAGGAGCUGAUCACUGCCUGGUACAUCGGUUUCCUGGUGCUGAUCUUUGCCUCCUUCCUGGUCUACUUGGCAGAGAAGGACAUCAACAGUGAUUUCUCCACCUAUGCAGACUCCCUCUGGUGGGGAACGAUCACCCUCACCACCAUCGGGUACGGUGAUAAGACCCCUCGCACAUGGCAGGGACGCCUGCUCGCCGCUGGUUUCGCUCUCCUCGGAGUGUCCUUCUUCGCUCUGCCUGCUGGGAUCCUGGGGUCAGGGUUUGCCCUGAAGGUGCAGGAACAGCACAGACAGAAGCACUUUGAGAAGAGACGCACACCUGCAGCUAACCUCAUACAGGCUGCAUGGCGUCUCUACUCAACAGAUGCCCAGCGUUCUUACCUCACAGCCACCUGGUACUUCUAUGACAGCAUGCUGCCCUCAUUCAGGGAGCUGACGCUCCUGUUCAGUCACCUUCAGAGGCAGCAGCGUAGCACCAAGAAGGUUCUGCCCGCCUCGUACAACACACUGCUGUCCGGCCUCCGGCCCUACAGCUCCCCCUAUCUGUCGGGGGACAGGAAGACUGAAGUCACGUGCAGUCAGCUCGUUUCUAAAAAGCGGGGUCUCUUCCGGAUUCACGCUGGCCGCAAGCAGAGUAGUAAGAUGGGGUUCCGCGACCGGAUACGGAUGAACAAUUCCCGUUCGUCCCAGGCCAUCAGAAACAAGGCCUCACCUUUGCCCCCUGGAAAUGACCAGCGUUCGCCGUGUCAAGACAACGUCGCCGAGGCAACCAGUCCGGGAAAGGUGCAGAAGAGCUGGAGCUUCAAUGACCGCACCCGCUUCCGCACAUCCCUACGGCUGAAGCCAAGACCUCCCGUCGAUGUGGAGGGAACAGGAGAGGAGAGCACUGAGGAUAAGCCCUACUGUGAUGUCACCAUGGACGAGGUGAUCCCUGCUGUGAAGACUCUGAUUCGUGCUGUUCGGAUCCUGAAAUUCUUGGUGGCCAAGAGGAAGUUUAAGGAGACUCUACGACCGUAUGAUGUGAAGGAUGUGAUUGAGCAGUACUCAGCCGGACACCUGGACAUGCUGGGCAGAAUCAAAAGCUUACAGACCAGGGUGGAUCAAAUCAUUGGCCGUGGGGGUGUCCAGACAGAUAAGAAGGUCCGCAUUGAAAAGGGGGAGAAGACACCACCAGAACUGGAUCAAAUGGAUGAGCUGAGCAUGAUGGGACGUGUAGUUAAAGUGGAGAAACAGGUUCAGUCCAUUGAGAACAAGCUGGACCUGCUGCUGAACUUCUACUCACAGUGCCUGAAGAAGGGCUCGUCCCACUUCACCCUGUCUUCCCUGCUGGAGCCAGACCUCACCUCGGACUACCACAGCCCCACCGACCAGCGCGAGCUCUUCCCCUCUGCCAACACGCUCAACAUCGCCCACUCCGACAGCGGGAACUUGGACUAGAGUGGAGCGGAGAGCCGUGGAGAUACUGACCCGCACCACUGCAAGUAGACGGAUUCCCACGCAGACUGCAAGCUUCAAAAGGAAAACAUGGAACCAAGCAAAAUGAGAAUGCUCACCUCUACACCAUAUCUACACACUCUGAGUCAACGGCAGCCUUCAGAAUCCCUUGUCUACCUCCAGAUCUGAAGCCUUCCAUCUCUAUCUAUCUUGUUCCAGCUCUAUCUAUCUAUUUCCACCUCUCUCUACUUCCACCCCUAUCUAUCUAUUUCCACCUCUCUCUACUUCCACCACUAUCUAUCUACUUCACUCCAUCCUCUAUACGUCUACUCUUUAGACUUUCCUCUACUCAUUUUUAUUGUGUACUUUCCGUUUCCUUAUAUAGAAAAAUUGCCAAUUCCCCUUUAAAUCAGAACUCAUUCUCUCUCUCUUUCUCUCUCUACCUCUCUGUCUCUCCCUUUCUCUCUGACAUAGUCCUCUCUUCAGUGGCCUCCACUGUGGAUGAGAGCUGAACCCUUUAAAAAACAUUUCAGACUGUCUCCACUAGAGGGCAGUGGCAGAGCAGUGGCAUGCCAAAAGAAAACUGCUCUCCGAAAGGCUAAACAAGGACCUACGCACUCUACUUCCCUCUCUCUCAGGAGACACUCAGUCACUCACUCACCACCACCCCCUUCCCUCACCGGUCUAUUUUUAAACUACAACCAACUGUGGGUAUAUCGACUUCUUUUGACAUCCUUUUUUAAUAUAAAUAAGAUUACUUUAUACAAGAUUUGAAGAUUAUAUCAUUUCUUGCUGAUGUUGAUUUUGAAUCAGUAGACCUCAAGAUCAAUCAAGGGAUUUUUUUUUUUUUGUGCUUGAUUUGUUUGUUUGUUUGUUGUUUUGUUUCGUUUAUUUUCCUUAGGAAGUGGUCUGAAAAUAUAUAUGUAUAUAUAUAUUUUCUUUUUUUGGGACAAGGCCUACUCACUCUUUUUUGUGUGGCAUCUGUUUGUUCCGUGUUUUGGGGGGGUUGGGGGUUUGUUUUCACCUGGAGCUGAUGCGAGUUGUUUUAGACUUUGCAUGGGUGGAAGUCUGAGCCUCAGCUGAAUGUAGCCCUCCCUCCCGGCCCCCCUCUCUCAUCUCUCUACUGCUGAUGGUGUCUCUGUACUGGGCAUUACUGUGGACUGGAAAAGACAAGAUGAUAAUGAUCAUAAUGGUGAUAAUGAUGAUGAUAAUAAUAAUAAUAAUGUUAAUAAUAAAGGACCUUGCUGCCUGGUGUCACAUGCACAUACUGGGAGCACCGAGAGACACAUGGACAGUCAUUCCACCAACACGUCAUCUCUCCCUUCACCCUCUCGACCCUCUGCAUGGUUCUACUGUAUAUCCCUAUGCCCUGAAAGAAAGAAAGAGAGAAAGAAAGUGGAAGUGGGUUUUAGUCAGGACACUCAGGUUUAUUUAUAGACAGAUGUGGUAUCACACGUUGUAUAUGUGUGUGUGUGUGUGGGUGUGUCUGUGAGUGUGAGAGUUUGGCUGUGUGAUGGUGUGACCUUGAAGACAGGGCAGCCAGGCAUCACUGAUUUGGGUUUCUUUCCCGACUUACCAACCUAAACCAGUCAAUUCUCAAGAAAGCCCACUUUGCAAAAACAAGAUAUGUCAGUAUUCCUAUAUCACCAUUUCUAUAAUGGAGUUGAAUUGCAUGUUUCUUACAGACAGAAUCAAGAAUCCAUUGUCAUGUGUGACCACAUACAGCCUGUAAAGCUAGAAGUAUACAUAGAAGCCUCUCAGGCACCCAUACUGGACCUCACCUUGUACCGCCUUGCCGCCUCUCCAUUCAACUCUGCAUGUUUCCUCAAGCCAAACCGAAAUGGCCAAUCAGUACAUAAUCAUGGACACUCAACAAGGGGUUUACACUGGGGUGACUGAAAUGAGAUGGUUUUGGUGCAACAUGUCCCUAGAUAGUCACUGAGACAGUGAAAUUAUCCUGUACAUUCUUAAUGACAUUAUUUAUUCCCCUUUCCUUAAUUAUCCCCUUAGUUUAAUUAUUUUCUUCACCACUUUUCUGAAAUCCUAUAAGUUGUGAAAUGUUUGUUUGUCCUUCUCAGAAGGAUAUUUUCCUCAAGGGCAACUACAUUCUUGGCCACCCAUUAAAACUGACUUGAAUAACAGGAAAUGAAGGAUGUGUCAGGGUUGCAUUGCUGUUCAGUGCAUGAAUGCUUCUUAUAAUGUCUAAGAAUGCAUCUGUGGAAAAGUACCUGGCUGUAGACCCAUCAACACCACUCGGCUCAGACGGGCAAACUGGUGAAGUCUUUGGAAUACCUCCAAGUUCACUUCGCUUAACUAAUUUGCUAAAUGAUCCUAAAUGAAUGUAUUUUUCACUUGGAUGAGGUGGUUUGGAUCUCACAAGGCACAGCCGGGAUCCUGUAGCCAAACAUCCUGUUGAGUUUUGAGGAAGGAAGACCCCUUUAAAGAGGCCUCAGAGGUGCCUGUGUCACAUCUUGGUCUAUCAAAGUAUCUUAUUCAUUGUCAUGACUGCUUUUAUUUAACCUGUUCAUUAUCACAAUUGUAGACUCAAAGUUAAUGAAUGUACGUAUAAUAUAUAAAAAAACAUUUAUUAUACUAUAUACCCUUUUGUUUCAGUUCCCCUGGUAUUCAACCAUUUGUUUGUAGUCUGACAGAGGCAUGAAAACAUGUGUGCUAUGCAAUCAUUUUACACAUAUGCUCUGCCUCCACAUCAUGCUGCUUGUAUUCCAGAACAGUACCUCAAGAUUUACCAGCAUUUCCUGGUCUAGUUUGGUCAGUCUCUUUACCAAAUUGAUCCAGUCAUGACAAUGAAAGCCCUUUUUUUUUGUUUUUCAAAGUACACAGAUAUUUCCUCCCAACAGUUUCACCAGAUUAAUUUAGAAGAUUUUGGUGUGUGAACAGUUUUCUCAUGUGCCUAAGUGGUUUCCAAGACUGCACCAGGUAGUUUCUGGAAAAGGACUCUGACAAUGUAGUUAAUGUAGACGUCCUCUCCACAGACCAUCUCAACCUGUUUUAUUGCAGUCCAGGCCAUACAUCCCUUAAGAGUGGGUCCAUAGUGGUUGUGUAAAUUGUUUUUUCAUUGACACAUGCUGAACCGGUACUUUUGGCAAGCAAGCUUGCCUUAGAUUCUCACUGGAGAGUCAAUCACAACCUCCAUCACAUGGAUGCUUCCAAGGGUCGCAUACUGAAUGAAUCUGUGCCUUUCGGAUAUAUCUAUUUCUUUUUGAUUACUUAGCACAAUUAUGAUAAAGCUGAAGCAUGUAGGACAAGAGUCACAACGAUUCCUGUGAGACUAAAAAAAAGUAUUCAUCUUAAAGCUCAACAGUGCUUUCCAGACAGUAAUGGCCACACUAGCCACACUGUUAUUUUUACUCUUCACUUUGACCUCUUACCCAGUCAAAAUUGCCCUUUAAAAUGCUUCAAAUAUAGAACCUCCCCAUACGUCUGUCCUGCUGCCAUGCAUACUAGAGUAGAUCUUAUUAAUGUGCUGGGGAGGACACGAGGGCAUGGCUGUAGCUGCAUUGGUUACCAUGUCUAGGCAUGUGAUGGGCCAUGUUGAGCAUGCUGCAUAAUUGCCUUGUUUUGCGCACAACUUCUUUUCUAUGAGACAAGCAAGCCAAAAGUUGGGCAUAUUAGAAUAGAGACAAACCACACUGGACGAGACACUGUUUUUGAUACUUGAAUGCAGUGUGCAUGGUCCUUUGCAUGCCCCCCCCCCUCCAUCCCUUUAAAAAUCCAUCCUCUGUUUUCACGGACAUUACUCUCACCCAGUCCUCUGAUGACAUUCCAACCUAAUUCCCUUUCUCUGAAGUACUUAUGCAGUGUAUGGACAUUGUACAAUUGUAAAGCAAUAAAAUGCACACUAAAUGAAGAAGUCUUUCAUGAUGCUCUUUCAUAAAUUGUUAAAAUAAAUGCUGACCAUAGCUUUUCAGAGUUUUCCUGAUGAGGAUGUUCAGCUCAAGACUAACUGUUUCCUUCUACAUUGAGAGCAAAAGCCACUCACAUUACUAACUUACUUUAUUUGUUUCAAUAAAGUUUUUUUCUCAAAUGGA